ACGUAAGAAAAAAAAGACUAAAGACGUUGUUUUGUUUUGCAAUACAAGCACUGAAUAUUUAUAAAAAUGAAGAAACUAAAAAGCAGUUUAGACGAAAGUAGAGAGUACACGGGAGUGUUAACUACACCGCCUGCUUUUUUACGACCGAUAGAUGGCGAAAGUGUUCUACACCUACAUCGUGUAUACAUACAUCGUGCGCACGUGUUUGUCGGGUUUGUCGUUAUCCUUAACCUCAAAAUCGCCGAAAUUUGGUGUGCAGUUAGAUGCGAUAUUUAUGGGAACACAAAGAAGCAGAAACUAACAAAGACAUUUUGUAUAAGUAUUAAUCUUUAACAAUGGCGAUGCAAGUCCCGACCGACGUGGAUGCCGAUCAGAUUAAAUCUUUUCGAGACUUCUUAACCUCGUACAAUAAGCUUUCUGAAAUUUGCUUUACCGACUGCAUAUCUGACUUCACUACGCGAGCAAUCAAACCCAAAGAAGAGAAAUGUGCCCUUAAUUGUAUGGAAAAGUAUUUGAAAAUGAACCAGAGGAUAUCUCAACGUUUUCAAGAGUUUCAAAUAACUGCCAACGAAAAUAUUCUGGCAGCUAAAAAACAGGGUCAGAUAAAUUGACUUAACUAGAAAAAAUACAAGAAAAAUGAUCUUGU